CUGGAAAAUUUUCAACCAUAAACACAACAUGUAAUUGAGUAAAAAUACAUGGUUUUAUUUUGCAUUCCUGUGCAAUUGCUGUCAACGGCUGUAGAUUGGUGUCGAUCUUUGCAAGAACUUUGAAGAUAUUUUCGCAAGGAAAAAUGGCACCAACAAUAGCACAGAGUCGAUUGAGUUCUAAUGGUGUUACAAAAGGUAUAUUGUUUGUUUAUUUGAUGAUAUUUGAUCAUCAAGGUUUAUACUCAUACAAGUAUAUGUAUAUCGGAAUAUUAUAAGUGUUGUAGUAUGCAAAACAGCAAAAGUACUUCUAUUUUGAGGAUUUGUAAGAUUCAGAGCUUUUCAACAUUUGACUAUUUUUUAAUUUGGUGUUUUCAAGCGUAUAUUUCGGGGGAAAAAGACGUCAUGCCUACUACAACCCCCUGCCCAAGAUGUCGUAUUGACAUAAUUUUGGCAGAAACUAUAUUUGACCAUUCCUUAAUGUUUAUGAGACCAUCAUAUACAUGAUGGUGCACAAUGGUAAAGUAUGAACUUGGGAUCGGAAUGCAAGUCAACAGUCUUAUAGGCGUACAACAUCGGGAUUUGUCAUCCAUUGAGACACAUAACAUUUACUGGCUAGUGCUGGAACUUUCUUUUAUUAGAACGUACAUAAAACUUAAUUUUAUUAGAAUAUGUUAUUAGAACGUACAUGAAACCAAAAAAAAGUGUUCUCUUAAAUUAAUCGUCUUUUUAUAUGUGGUGUACAGUAUGUGGUAAGAAAUUGUGAAACAGGAACAAUUACUGAGUUUCAAUAUUGCGCGAGCCAGGGUGCGAGCCAUGCAAGCCAGGGUGCGAGCCUUGGGAGCCAGGAUGCGAGCCAGGGUGUGAGCCAUGCGAGCCAUGCACCAGAGUGCGAGCCAUGUGAGCCAAGAUGCGAGCCAUGCGCCAAGGUGCGAGCCAUGCGAAUCGUGUUUAAAAUUAUUUUAAAAUGGUUAACGAGUGAAAUGUAAGACUGUAUAUUAGUAAAAUAAUAGACAAAAUUCAGAAACGAAAUAUAAAUAUAAUCAAGAACCCAAUUUCAAUUACAGGAAUUUUAGGUAUAUUUUAAGAUCUAAUGGACAACCUGCAUGUUAGACCAAAUUUUAACCCUAGGAAAGAGAAGGGAAUCAAAUACCACUGCUAAAAGAAACAUAAUGAAAUUAGCAAAAUCGCAAAAUUCGGCCGCGAAAUGUUGCAAACCCCGGUAAACACAGUCCUGCAAAGUUUGCAAACCUUGCAUAUGUUUGUAUUACGUGCAGAAAUUGUUAGCAUUUUCGGCAAAUACAAUAUUGUAACAUAUACAAAACAUGCAUGCAAACCCCGCAAGGCUAUACACCUUCCGUAUUCUACAACAUUUUGCACUAACCAAACUUUGCAUUUUCACCAGUUUUAACAAGUUUUUUACGGGAAGUUACUUUUCAAGUUAAAAAUCAGUCUAACACGCAAGUUGUUUAUUGUGUCCUGGAAAAUUAAGAUGUACUCAGUACCAUUUGGUCAAGACCAAUUUCUUAUAUUUAUUUAUUGCACAUGGCUCGCAUACAUCGUGUGGCUCGCACCGAUCUGUGGUGGCUCACAACAUCGGCAUGGCUCGCUGGCUCGCACUUUAUGUAUACCCACAAUUACUCAGCAUGCAGAAAAUGCUAUCUGCUGGCAUAGAUCAUUGCCCACCAAAUUUUUGCCACAUAUUUAUGCUUAUUAUACCAAGAUAAUGGACAAUAUUAUUAGUGAUGCACCAGGGUUUUCAGUUUUGUGUGAGGCUCUGGCUAAUGGCAAUGAAGCUAUGGCGAUAGAUAUUAUUUCUACCAAUAGCUAGAAUUUACAAAUUUGGGCGAGUACACGUAAUAGAGACGUGAGCAAACGUAAAGCUCUGGCGAAUUUGGGUGGGGUUGAAUGAAAAAGUCUGGAGAAAUUCGCCGUUCGCCGGCCUAAACUGAAAACCCUGAUGCACUGGCAUGGAAAUUUACCUAAUAUAUUCUGAUAACCGAUAUUCAAGGGCCGAUAUUGGUUGAUUCCGAUAAUUGAUACUGAUAUUCUAUUUUAUUUCGAAAUUCACAAGGACAAUUGGACGCACCAUAGAAAACUCAUCAUAACUAUGAGUUGAGAGUGGCUAUAUGCAAUGACAUCCAUUAACACUUACCAUAUAUGAUAUGCUACGUACAGUACAUCUUUGAAUAUGGCUGUAUGUUGAGUUUAAUUUUAUAUCGAUACAUUAAUCAGGUCACUGAGUUAUGUGAUUACAAUCAAAUUGAAAUAAAAAGUAUACUUUAAAUUUAAAAUAUAGUGUAUAUAAAUUUGUUAUUAAUAAUUAUACAAUAUCUGUAAUAUUGGUGACAAAAAUACCAAUAUUUUUAAUUUGAUAUACUGAUAUCUGGAAUGCAAAUGAUAUGGAUAUUGGUGAACACUUACAGUACAUUAUGGGAAAAAAUCAUGAAGUACUGGCCGGCUAUUGAUGAUGAAAAUGUGCUUAUGAUGGUCCAAAAAGAAUGAAAAGUCAUCCGAUCACAUUUCCAAUACCAAAAUUUCCAAUCCUAAUUAUAUAGAACAACUUUUCUGCAUGGAUCUGAUGCAAAAAUUUUUUAUUUUGAUUCGAUCCAAUCAGGCCUUAAAAUACAGUAUCUUUUACAGGAUCAUACUACAUGCUUGUAAUAAUUAUUUCUUUUAGAUAUUUUUCAAUACCUCCAUGACACUCUGAGCGAAAGAAUCAUGAUCAUUGAUGGUGCUAUGGGAACUAUGAUACAACAACACAACUUAGAUGAAGAUGCAUUUCGCGGUAUGUUGUUUUGUACAAUGGUAUACAAUAAAUAAAUUGUAAUAAGUUUGGGAUAAUACACCCUUCCAGAAAAUACUUAGCCUUGGCUAAAGAGCGGCAAAGAGUCUCGUUUUUGGGAUUGAAAUAUAUUGGCCUUAGAGACCAGUUUACAGUAUCUUGUUAAUACUGAUGACUAAUUACAGUAUCUUGUCAUACUGAUGACUUAAUUAUAAGAAGAUCUUAAAUUUGUGUUUAAUAUCUAAUAUAAUAGUAUGAUUUCAUAAAUGUGUUGCCUGCAACAAGAUAAAGGUCUAAAGCCAAUAUCUCAAUCCCGAAAACAAAGCUCUAUAGUAAAGGCUAAAGGAUCGACUCUCCAGAAGGGUGUAUUUGGUAAGCACGAUAAUCUUUGGCUUGUGUUUAGAUUAGAAAAUGUUGUCCCACUUAAAGCCCAUCUAUAGAUGGGAUACAACUAGUCAUAUACGUAUGAUUCUGGUGUAUAUAGUCUUAAGAAUAAAUACACACGUAAAGAUGUUACAUUUCAAAUUUCACCAUAGACUGAUGAACAGGAAUAGUGGUGUCUGGCACUAUCAUUUUCAUAUGCCAGAAUAACAAUUGUGUAUGACUAGUAGUUGUAUCGAGUAUGUAUAAGUGGGCCUUUACAGUACCCGAGGUGCACAAUUGUGCAUGCACUUCUGCACGUUUGACUAAUAAUCAGCAUUAAAAUCGAUUGUUUUAUAAAUUGCUACACAAUCGGAGUCGGUAAAGUUCCUUUUUCCCCCAAUUGUAUACAACUGAUUAUUAUGGAAAUAUAGGACAAUGUUUAAGUGACAUACUUUCCUCCGGAAGGGUCUAUUGUGGCAUGAACUGUCAAUCACUAUAGCGUGGACUUAAUCUCAAGUGCCCAGACUUAUCAAGAUGCACAUAUUGUUACAUGGCUCAUUUGUUUUGAGCUGAGUAUGAAAUUGCUGUCACCUUAAAUUUUCCACUUAAAGCGAAUACUGUAUUUUGUCUGAACAGAUUCAUUGCAAUUGAAAUAAGGUUCCCAUUGAAGCUAGUUCCCAAUCAUGGUGAUCAGCAUUCAUGACCCUCCCUGCUUUUUCUGGUUGAAAACCAUGCUUUUUCGCCGGUCAUAAACAAUUUCUUGCCGAUUGGUAUUUCAAGCCCCUCAGGUUCUUAACAUUUAUAGUAGAUGGGUAAUGUACUAGAUGGAAUUUUCGAAUGUAAAUUUUUAUACAUGCAUUGUAUAAUUUGUGGAUAAUUCUGUAUUUACAAUGUCUUUAGUUAGACAAAUUAUAAGUAUUAUAAUACUUCCUCUACAGUGUACAGUACAGAAAAUACAGUACACCUUUCUAAUUGUAUUCAUUAUUGGCUGUACAGCUGAUUUAACUAUUUUUGACUGAAUUGUAUAAAACGUUUUAGAUUUUCUUCUAAUGUUAAUUUCCCUACACUAUCCUCUUCGUCUCGACUACAAUCUGCUAACCAGUUCUCGAUAAGAACUUCAACAUUAUCACUUGAUUGUAAUGCUUCAUACGUUUUCACUAUGAGAUCUAGGUCCAGAUUUUCCACCGAUCUUGCAAACUGUUGUUCGAUUGUUGAUUCAAUUGAUGUUUCUUGUGGCAAUUCUUGAACGUUUGUUUGACAAAUCAGGUUGGUUGUAUCCGUAGUGGUCAUACAUUCAGGGGUAAGUUGGUGUGUGUUUGGGCAUGGCAGUACUUCAGGAAUGUGGAUAAUAGUGAACUCCUCUUUAGUGUUUUCAUUUUCUUCAGUUGUGUCCGGACUGCUACUUUUCUCCUGUCGCUUGCUACUCUCUAAUUCUUGAACAACUGUUGUCUUGCAGCUUUCGAGACUGUCUGCUUUGGUGGUUGAACUCGAUUCAGAUGUUUCUGUGCUAAUAGAGUCUGUAGAACCUGUAAAUCAUUUGUUAGGAUGAGUUAGACUUAGAUGCAACUGAGUAACUGAAUUAAGGACCGGCCGUUAUUUAUAACACCGAAGAGAAAUGUUUUUCUUUGUAACAUUUUGAGGAUCCAACCAUUAAAAAGUCAAACGAAAAUUUUACCCAACCUCAAAUAUCAAUUAAAAAAUAAAUACCCACCCCUGGCCAUAAACUUUACAAAAGGAUACUAUUCUGUUGUCACACAUGUCCUUUGUGACACGAGUUUGAUAACUGCUUAUGUAGUUUUUGCAGUCUAAAGUUUCGUGUUGUCUGCGUAUGUACUUUCUUUGGAGACACCAUUGGCCUCCUGACAAAUUGGAAAAUAAUCAAGAUAAUCAAUCUGAUUGAUUUACAUAAUUGUACACAUAUUAUUGUAUUGACAUAUGAUUAUUGACAUUGCUUUUUAGUCUUCAAUAUUUGAGUGAGUCAUGCUUUGGGAGUGACAAUAAAUUUUUAUUACCCAACCCUUGAGUUGUUUUGUUUUUCAUUUACCCAACCUUUUACUCGAAAUUUUGUUUACCCAACCCGUUUCUCUCCCCACCCCCGCCAUAAAUAAUGACCGGUCCCUUACGCCUUUGUCUACCAACUGAACGGGAUACCGGCAAACCCCACACGACAAAAGCCCCGCCGACCAAAUCCCCACGGACAAUUUUCAAAAUUUUCCUGGGCUAUCCCAUCGCACAUUGGUGAAUCUGAUUUCCAUUGGUUAACAUAAAAGUGCAAUUAUUUUGUGAAUUGUACAAUUUUUAAGCUGUUGUAUAAUUCGCUGUUUUUCAGUUGUUCUGUGCAGUGCCAAAAUAAAUAUGAAAGUAUGAAACUAUAGUUUUCUCUGAGUAUUGUUCUGAUUUAGAAGGAAUUCUCAAAUUUGGUUGUAAGAGCCAUUUCGCAGGCUGAUACACAGCAAUUUUACUCGUCGAAGAAAGAGUUUUAGGUAACAGCGUGUAAUUUACCUGUUUCGCAGUUUAAGUCGUAACCGCUUUCCGUACCAGAGAAAUUCUGCCAAUCUUCAAUACAGCCAUCGCUCGCCUUCCUUUCCUUCCCGCCUUUUCGUUCUCGCGCCCGCCUGUUCUGGAACCAAAUUUGGAUGGUCUUCGCAGGAAGUCCAAGCUCUGUCGCGAGCUUCUCUCGGCGACUUGUGUCCGGGUGUUUGACUUCGUUGAAGCAACGUUCUAGAACUUGUAGAUGGUUUUCUUUAAACGUGGUUCGUUCACGUUGAGGUUUAUUGGUGUGAUUGGCUAAAGAAUCGGUAGAAAAUUAAGAGAUAUACAUCACGGCAAGACUACAUACAAUACACCCAAUACUAUAUACAAUAUACAAUGCACAACAGGACAUUUUAAAGAAUGGAUUGGAAUUACAGUAAAUUAAAGUUGACCAGUAUUCUAGUAGAUUCCAACACAGCCUAACAAAUAAUACAGUACAGUACAGUACAGUACAGUACAGCACAGCACAGUACGGUACAGUACGGUACAGACUACAGAGCUGUACAGUACAGUACGGUACGGUACGGUACAGUACGGUACAGACUACAGAGCAGCACAGCACAGGACACUACAUCAAGUAUACAGAGGUCAUGCAGUUGUAUGCUGUAGUUUCACAGCUUUUUACAGAUUUUUACAAAAGUUGAAAAAAUCACUAUCCAGUGAACAGCGCUAUCCAGCCUUUGUGCCACCGACCCCAGUACAUUUCACUACAGUUAUAUAAGUUAGAGUUAUAAGUACAGUUAUAUAAGUACAGUUAUAAGUACAGUUAUAAGUACAGUACAGUACUGCAGUGUAGUGCAGUAUAGUACAGUACAGUACAGUACAGUACAGUACAGUGUCAGUAUAGCGUCAUCUGUUCACGCGGGAUGUUGCGAGACUUUCGGAAAGCGUAAAAGCUUUCGAGCUGCAGGCGAGUGUAUUUUACGCUUUCCGCAAGUCGAGCAACAUCCCAAGUGCAUGGAAGACGUUACCCUGUACGGAAAACCAUUUGGGAAUUGUUUUAUAUGCAGUAUAUAAUGACCACAGUGAAACAACGGUUAACUUUAUUAAAACUUUAGCGUUAGCGUUAAGAGUUAAAACGGUUAACUUUAUUAACGUUUUUGUGAGCUGAUCUCUCGUUUACUUAACAAAUUAAAAUGUUUUCAGUGGGUGUCAACCAGUUUUAAAUUAGGAUAAUUAUAAAAGUUGCCAAGCAUUCAAUAAACACUGGAUAUAGGUAGUAAUAAAAUUGUAAAUGGACUGCUGUACUGCAUUUACCUAUCAGCAUGCGUCACAGACUUCCGAUCAGUUUUACUUUCAUUGUAGCUAACUUGGUAAUUGUAAUAAUGAACUAAUUUUAAAUUUAUUUUCAAACAAUUAAUUCCUUUUCUUACCAAACCCAUUAUUAUUUGCAAAUUGUCCACUAAAGUUCACAUAAGGAUGGUGAAAGUACGAAGCGUGGUUUUGGUAUAGUUUGUUGCUGUUAAUGUCCACAUUAGAAGUUUCUUGAGUAUUUGUCGCGUUUGACUUUAACCAUUCUGCUAAAGCGCAUAGUCUUUUGUCAACCGAAUCGUACGGAUUCAUUUGUAAUUUGUUAGAAGUUGUUUUAAAACUUUCUUCUUGCUUUCCUCAAUCUAGUUCUCGUUAAUUUUCAAUGAGCUAACAAAUUUGAUGUUUGUUACGUCACUAAUUGAUUGUAAUUGCCACACGUGUGUUGCACGCGCGUGCUUCGUUUGGCAGAGAAAGCUGGGGACAGUGAGCUCCUUAUAUAGCUAUCUGGAGUAAGAACUCGAGUCCAGGAGCAUAGAUAUAGGAGAUCUUCUAUAUCUAUGCCCAUGUAGGAGCUAUUGAACGUCCGUUUCCUAAUGUUUUUGUCUGCGCAGUUAACACGAAGCCACAAGGAGUGUGCCGAAAUUUCCGUAUCUUGACCUCUAUUUAAAGAGUAAUACUAUGAUAAGCUCUUUGUACGUUUGCAUGGCGAUAAAACAUAUAAUAGUUUUGUUUGUUUGUGGAAACACCACGUAAAUUUAUUACUGUAUACAUAAAUUUACGUGGUGUUUCCACAAACAAAACUAUGGUUUUACGAAUUGGGGAAAAUGGUAUUAAAACUUUUUUACGACCUUCACGCACACAUAGCCUCCUUCGCAGGUGCCACACACAGUAGCUAUUGGACGUUAAUGGCCACCAUCUUCAUUUCACUUUUCUCACAGACCUACCGGACUGUCGAAGUUCUUGCUACAACAUGAGCGCGGCCGUGUUGUCAUGUUGGAUAUACAAACUCGAGCGAGAGGCGAGAGCCUAGAGGUUGCAUAUCUGAUGCAACACGGCCACUCAUGAUUUAUGUACUGUUUAAUAAACGAGCAGGAGUGUUUUAUUAGGUUUAAAGCCACGAGCGCGCAGCGCGAGUGGCUUUACACCUGAUAAAACACGACAACGAGUGUUUUGAAUAGCUUAAAAUACGACUACAAAAUAAUACUAAUUAGGAUGAACCAUGAUAUAAUCAUACUCAUUAGGAUGAACAAUUAUAUAAUGCCACAUGCUUUAUCAAAUAUAAAGUCACUCCACGUGACAUAUUAUGGCUGACAUGAUUUGCCACAAGGUUUAUGAAUUAUUAAUGAGUAUUUUAAAUAUAUAUAGCUUGUGAAACGUCUCGUAUUCUUCAACAAUUUAAAAUAAAUGAAUGAUAUUUGGUGAGAAAAUUGAACUUAAAGUUUAUGUAUAAAUCAGCAUGAUUCUGUUUCACGCUCAUGAUUUCGUGUCUGAAUUUCAGCCGUAAGUUUUGCUUGUAUUGCUGUAUAAAUAUGGCAUCAUUUUACAGCAUCAAUGAUGAUUGUAUUCAAAUUGAAAAUAUGUAACUAUAUUAUUUUGUGUUUCUCGACCGUCAGAUACAUUUAAAAAGGUUGCUAACCGUGUAAACUGCAAAAUAAAGCUAAAACAAACGCCAAAAAGAUUUUAGGUUUUGAUUUUCAUCGCAAAUACGCGACAUUAUAAAAGUGCAUAUGACAUGGAUAUGAUUAUUUUCUUGAAUGAAAGAACUCUGUAAAGGUGCUUUACAGUCCGUGUCUAAACAAAGCCUUUGUUUACAUUUUUGUGUCCAAAUUAUUGAGCUUUAUUCGACAACUAUUUAUAUUUUCAAGCUUCUAGAGUAUAAUAAAUGAUCAUGAAACAAUAAUCAGGCUUUUCAAGAACCCAAAACAUAGUUAAACUGUUUGUAUCAUAAAAAAGUGGGCUCCUUUGUGCACAUGCGCAGAUCGGACUGUAGAUCACCUUUAAGCUAUAGAGUAACUUAUUUUUCAGUUUCUUGUUUUUGUGGUUUGUUCCCGAGAUAUUUAAAUUUGUUUGAUAUGUAAAUGAGUGUGAAUAUGUCCGCUAAUUUAUGACGUCAUUUUGGUUGCAAGCUCAACUUACACUAGCUACUGUAUAAAUCUAUUAACUCUAAAAACUGUAGAUAUCAGUUCACGUUUUUCUCCAGUGUUUCAUCACAUUUACCAGUGAGUGAAGUUUGAAAUUAUCGUCUUGGAUGAUAGCAGUGAUAUUGAACCAUUUCGAAGAGCUUGCAACCAAAGUGACGUCAUAAAUUAGCGGACAUAUUCACACUCAUUUACAUAUCAAACAAAUUGAAAUAUCACGGGAACAAACCACAAAAUCAAGAAACUGAAAAAUAAGUUACACUACAGCUUAAAGAGUUCUUUCAUUCAAGAAAAUAAUCAUAUUCAUGUUAUAUGCACUUUAAUAACGAGUUUCACAAAUAUAUAUAUAUAUAUAGAGAGAGAAAGAUCACUGGGGUCACUUGUUCAAAGCGGAAUCAGCUUAAUCCUAGGAUAACCUAAAAUUCAAAGCAGAUUUCCCAACAGCUUGUCUAUAAAUUUGGAAAUAUUUCUUCAGAAAUCUUGUCAGGAUCAGCAGGAGUUUUCUUCUCUGAAGUUUUGAAAUAAACAGACGUGCAGAAAUACAUAAACUAGAAUAACAGGUUCAAUUUUAACCGAGAGUUAGCACUAAUCCAACUUUCAACAACUGGCCUCAGGGGCCGGUUGUUCAAAGGUGGGUUAGUGCUAACCCUGGGUUAAAAUUUAACCCGCUGUUUUAUCAAAUCAAAUCAAAUAUAUUUUAGCCACAAAAAAUAACAGUAUAGAAAAUAUACAAGGAAUUAUAAAAAGCAAGGAAGCCCAAAAGAAACCGAAAGGCUUAUAGAGUUUGGACUACCUUUUACAUUCUGAUAAGACCGAAGCCUCAUUUAGCGAAGCUCGUUUAAAAUAUGGAAUUGACACUACCGCUCUGACAAUAAUAAAUAAUUCAUGCAUGAAAAAGACUGAUCAAUAAGUUUUAAAUACUCAAAAGUAACAUACACAAAUCACCUGCACAAGUAACAUACACAGAUAUACAUACACAGACAAACGAACACAUCUAUAUUCACGAUAGGAUAAUACUAAGGAGUAAAUAGAUAUUCUUUUAAACUUUUUGUGUGUGUGUUUGUUUCUGCACGUCUGUUUAUUUCAAAACUUCAGAGAAGUAAACUCCUAUCGAUCCAGACAAGAUCUCUGAAGAAAUGUUUCCAAGUUUAUGUAUAAGUUUGCUUUGAAUUUUAGGUUAACCUAUGGUUAGACUAGCCCAGCUUUGAACAACCGGCCCCUGGUGUUUAUCCGCGUUUGACGUCACGAGAAAGGUCUAUUCUCAUCGACUUUUGAACUGAUUCCAGGUUUGAUGAGAGUUGAUGAGAGUUUAUUUAUGCUACUGACGUCUGGCAAAGUCCAUCCAACUCUCAUCAACCUUCAUCCUUACUUGACCAGGGCCCAGUGUGGAUCCAAGACAAAGUCACACAAAACAAAUAUAUUUUAAAAUUUCCAAUAUUAUAUUUCUCAUUGCGGCCCGCACCACAGAUAUACAGAUGAUUACACAUUAUAAAUAUACGGAAUUACUCAAUAAGUUUUUACUUUAAAUGUAUUAUAAGAGAAGUCCUGACCCCCCCCCCCCACCUCGCCUUUGAUAAGUUAGAGAGGUUAUUAAAAGUAGUAUAAAAUAUAUAAGUCCCUUAUUUCAAGAGUUUGGCCGCAAUAAUACAAGGCAGUACAAAUGUCCCAGCAAAGAUGGCUGUAGCAACAACGUGGUUUUUCACACGUUGUUCCAUAGUGUCUUCUUGGACGAGUUUGAUUUCGUCUGCAAUGUCGACUUGAUUGUCGAGUUGUAUAUUGUUUUCAACUUCGAAAUUAAUGUCACUUUCAGAAACUGAUCGUUGUAAAGUGCUGCCAUGUUCAGAACAUUCAUCUAGAGAAGAGAAGAUUGAGGAUUAAUUAUACAAACAGUUAAUUAGUAACUUAGUUUAUCAGUCACUAACUAUUAACUACGAUAACUAACUUUAUAACCAACAAAAUACUAAAAUAACUAACUUACUAAGUUAGUUAGUUAAUUAAGUUAGUUGGUUAAGUUAGUUAGUUAAGUUAGUUAGUUAAGUUAGUUAAGUUAGUUAAGUUAGUUAGUUAAGUCAGUUAAGUUAGUUAAGUUAGUUAAGUUAGUUAAGUUAGUUAAGUUAGUUAAGUUAGUUAAGUUAGUUUAGUUAGUUAAGUUAGUUAAGUUAGUUAAGUUAGUUAAGUUAGUUAAGUUAGUUAAGUUAGUUAAGUUAGUUAAGUUAGUUAGUUAGUUAGUUAGUUAGUUAGUUAGUUAGUUAGUUAGUUAGUUAGUUAGUUAGUUAGUUAGUUAGUUAGUUAGUUAGUUAGUUAAUUAGUCAGGUUUUGGGUAAUGGUACUAGGAUAGUGUGGUUAAAUAAAGUGAAUACCAACCUAGGUGGUUAACAAAUUUGCUGAGAGCUACACUGAAAGCACUGGUUAACUCUUCGUAACCUUCACGGAUCACGCCACAAUCGUCCAAGCUAUUGUUGAGAGAUUCAUCACCAUAAUUAACACUGCUGCUACAACCAUUGGAUGGUGUAUGGUUGUAACUGUCUAAAUCACCAUAUUCCAGAAUCCAUUCUGGUCUCUCUUCAUGGUCAUUGCAGAUAGAUUGUGUUAGGUAGAAAUCACCAUCGCCAUAAUUGCCAGAGUUUAUAUCAUCAUAGUCAAACAACUCAUCAUAAGCACUAUAUCCUGAUGGUGUAUGGUUGAAACUGUCAAAAUCACCACCAUCACUGUUCACCGUGACUGGGUCUCCAUCAGAACUACAACUCAAGCAGGAUGCCACCUCCUUAGGAACAGGGCUAUGACAAGAACUGUGAGAAGAAGCUCCGCUAUCUACAUCACAGGCCACAUCAUAACUCUGUCCUGACUCUAUACCGGUACUAGCAGUACCACCAUCAUCCGAAGUCAAAGACUCCUGACUUGAGUUUCGCAGAUCUAACCAGUCCCAGUAUUCCGGAUCAACAAUCAAUCCGAUCUCUCCACACUCGGUUUCACAUAGUUCAAGUUUGUUGGGUGGAAUUUUGAUGAACGCUGGUAGAUUUUCAACACUGGUUUUAGUGCUAUCGUCAUCACUGUCCACGUGGUUGUCAUAUGUUUGGUCUGGGGUUACAUCGUUGUUGUUCAUGUGACUAUCACAUGAUAAGUCACUGGUUUCGUUGUCAGUGUUCACAUGUUCAUCAUAUACACAUGAUAUGUCAUUUAUGGCAGCAACCUCCUCAUCAGCUUUCAUGAGACUGUCACAUGAUAAGUCAAUGAUUUCGUUGUCAGUGUUCACGUGUUCGUCACAUGACGAGUCUGUGGUUACGUCAUCACUUUCCACGCGGCUAUCGCAUGAUGAGUUAGUGCUUAGUUCAUCAGUGUUCACGUGCUCGUCACAUGCAAUGUCAUUCUGGACAACAAUGGUUCUCUCAGAUGGAAUUGUGGGUAUAUCAGCACUUUCCGUAAAUGAGAUCUUGUAUUUCGGAGGUAGUGCCCUCUUAGGUUUACCAAACAGCUUGGAGAAAAGUGUGGAGAUGAUCGAUCUACAGGAAAAGUAAAGAAAGAAAGAAUAUAAGAAAUGAGCUGGCUUUAACCCUCGUAUAAGUGGGAUGUUGGUGGCAAAGUGGUUAGUUACUAGCGUUGUCGACAGGUUGUUAUCAUCUUGUAACAAGGUUGAUGAGGCCAACAGACUCGCAACAAGUUGUACCAACAAGUCUGAUAUCGUCUGCACAAUUUGUUGACAACUUGAUGACAACAAGCUUGUAGCAAGUCUGAAACCGUUGUCAACCUUGUAACAAGGCGAUAACAACUUGUUCCUGACUUGUCACAGCAACUGGGAACAAGCAAUGCGAACACAUUAUGAUAUCACCUUGUUGGAACUUGUUUGCAGAUUUGUAACAACUUGCGCGUUUUUACGUCGUUUACCUCUUCAACUGGAGUUUGAUUCUGCCAUAUGCAAUUGUCUGAUUAAAUAUCAGGGUAUUGGGCUCAAUACUAGGAUUUUGUAGAUGGAAUCUGGAGUGUAAAUUCUAUACAUAUGUAGACCUAACCAGGAGCAGCUGUGAAGAAUGCAACUAUCAGCCCUUGGGUAGGAAUUGAACCUGCGUCCCUGCGAUACCUGUGCAGCCCUCUAACCAACUGAGCUACAGAGUCCACUUCCCGAGCUCUGACCACCUUGGCUUCACUGUAGUAUAUACAGGCGUAAACACGCUGAGCCAGCUGUUUAACAGGAUUGGACAAUGUUUUGCUUUUAUUGAACAAUAUUGUUGAGCCUGAAUCGGGUGUAACAAUAUUGUUCAAUGUUGUUGACAACUGUGAACAAUGUGGGCAGCAAAGCAUUGUUCAAUCGUGUUUUCAUCAACAUUGCAACAACCUGAUUGUUUUUAGCCGUGUAGACAUGAACUUGUGGUUGAAGCUCGACAUGUGGACAGCUCAGUUGGUUAGAGCGCUGCAUCAGACCGCAGGUUUAAUUCCCGCCAGAAGGCCUAUAAUUGCCUUUUUCGCAGCUGAGUACUGAUUAGACCUAAGCACUCGAGAUUUAGGCAGAGAUAGGUACUCAGAGAUAGGUACUGCAUUUUCCUUUAGUAAUUAUAUCAAUAAGAGAUUAAUGAUCGUUACUGUAUCAGGAGAAUAGCUUAGUACUGUCUACUGAUAAACCUAUAUUUUUUUCUAAACCACCAUAUCUUACCGAGGUGUAGCUCCAUAAUAUUUGCAGAGAGCAAGAAGGUAGCUUAAUGCAAUCCAAGAUUUUUGGCUUUCAGUCAGGCUGUAUAUGUGAUUGAUACUUUCUAAAAGAUAGAACAAAUCAUGUCAUACUAAUAAUAACAACACACCGUUCCGGAAACUACACCACUUUGGCUAUAGGGCCUCGUUUUUGCGUAUGUGACAUUGGUUAAAGCCUAAUAUCUCACUCAUGUAUAUAAACGAGGCUCUGUAGCCAAGGUGAUGUAGUUUCCGGAAGCUUGUAUUGCAAGAGUGUGUAGCUAUGAGAAAAAAAUGGUUUGUGUUAGAGUAUUGGAGACAUGGCAAGGAUAUGCCUUUAUAUAUUCGUUAGGGUUAGAUCAGAUUUAAAGUAUGGUUAACUGAAGAUUUCAGGAGUAAGAGUAACUGUAAAAAUAUUGGACGAAGACCAAACAUUUUUAUCUGUGAAGCAUGGCUUGAUUUUGAAGUGAGGUGUAGGGAGGUGUCCCAUGAGAUUCCCUGAAGAUUCAUACACUUCCCUUUGAAAAAGGUCAAAUAAUGGAUUGGAGUCAAACAUUUGACUCAAAGUCAAACGUAAUGGUAACUUUCAUGUCUGUUACUAUUUUUUAUGUGUUGCUUAGGUUCUACACUUUGAAACAAAGUUCUUCUAUAAAAUUGAAAAGUGAUCCUCGUUCAUAUCUGUGUCAAUUACCCUUUUAAUGCAAUGUUUUUUGAAAGAAAUUUCUUAGUGCUGUAGCGAGGGACGAAAUUGGAUUAGUACAGACUACAGUCAUAAUUCAUAAAUACAUUGAUAGAUAUACAGUUCAUGCAAACUUCAUGUAGUUGACUUACGGGGCUACGUUCUAAGUCAUAGCAUUUCAAGAAAGCCGUAGGGUUCAUUCAACAGAAUGAUUAAAGGCUGGUUUACAUUAUCAAAGUUUCUGUGAUCACAGUAGGAAUUUUGCUUAGGUUUGAACGAUUUGUAAGAAAUGUCUGGCUUUGUGCUUAACACUGAGUCAGUUCAGUUCUUCGAAACGUAGAUUACAGGGUUCGUACGGUUCCUGGAAAACCUGGAAAGUCAUGGAAUUUCAAUAUUUCAAAAUCCAGGCCUGGAAAUCCUGGAAAAUCAAUUUUAGUCAUGGAAAGCCAUGGAAAAUUGAAAUUUUACAUAUCAUUAACAAAGUAUUUUACUUAUUUCAAUUUACCAGUCGUAACAAUAAUAUGAAUUGUUAUUAUAUUAUGGAUUUUUACAAGAGCGAAGUGAAUUUUGUUCUUUUAUUAUAUUUGUUAUCGUUAAAAUGUUAACGAAUUUCAGAAAUUCCAGACUUUCAGGUCAUGGAUUUUGAAAAAAAUGUUCAUGGGAAGUCAUGGAAAAGUCGUGGAAUUUUAAAUGGGAGAAGGUGUACGAACCCUGGUAGAAUUUACCUAUGCAAAAUUCCUACUAUGAUCCUAAAUCAGCGUUAAAAGAACAUUGAAUUUUACCUUUAAAGAAUGCCUGAGCUUUAUUAAAGCCAUUGGUCUGGUUGUUAACACUUGAUGUUUCAGCUAAAAUAUAAACAGAAAAGUUACAAAACCAAUACAAAUUUACCAAUUUACAAAAUCAAUAAAAAAUUGUUGAAAAAACAUGCAAAAUCUUCAGUUUAUGAAAGUUGGAUUAAAGAAUUAAAAAAAACCCUGAUUCUUUCGAAAAAAGAAUCACCAAAAUAUUUGUAAAGUUGUACAGAAGAAAACUGGAUUGUUUUCUUUUAAAUGUAGACAAAGCACAAAAAAGUUUAAAAGAAACUUUUUUAACAAAAAUUUGACCUCUUAACUCUUAAGUAAGAAACAAACAUUUUUACAAAGUCGGAAAACUAAACAAAACUUUUUUACAAAGUUUAUCGAAAAAAAAACAAGAAAAGUUUCGCAAAAAAAGUUCUGUCGUCUUACCGAAAAGUCGUAGAUUUUCCCGUUCGGCAGUUAGAUUCAGUUUCUUUGCUUGUUCUGUCAGAUUGUAAAGUUCAUGCGAACUGUUGUUCUUCUUUAAAGUUGGAAAACACUGCUUAGAAGUGUUUAAAUAAAAAGGACAACUUUCAGCAAAGCUAUCAGUGAUGGAUUUUUGUAGCUUGCUUUGUCCUUGGUUAACAUCGCUCACAAUGUUGUUGUUUGUGGCGUGCGAAGGCACGAACCCAUGUUCGGCGUUCAUCGACUUAUCAUCGUUGCCUAUCGAGGAUAGACAAACGAUUGAAAAUAAUAUUUUAAUAGCUAAAUCUUUAAAUAAAAGCAUUUUUCACAAGAGCGCACAAUUUUAAAACAUCUUCUCGAGAAAAAUUUGUGCGAAAUUAUAGUUGCUUGGAAACAACGUCAAUUUCCGAUUGUUGCGUCAUGUAAUUGGAUAAUUAGGUUAAUUGGUCGCGCGCGUAAUUUGCGUGCCUCGCGCGUAAUUUGCGUGUCGCGCGCAGAAUUUGCUUGACGAGCGCGGUUUACAUGUAUUAAAAAUGGCAUUAUCAUGCAUCAAUCACUACGACAUCGCGCUGCAUAACGAGAUUUUUGAAGAGCAUCAUUAAUUUUGAAAUUGGUUAAAAUAUUCCACACACAGAUUGGGAGGCUUAAUGGUUGAAGUAUAUAUAAGCACUAUUUUAAAUAUUUGUUAUCGUUACCCCACAAGAUAAACACUCAUUAUAUAUAUAUACAGUGUGAUUUCAUACUGAUGAUAUUUGCAAAAUUGAAUAGAAUGUCUCGGAGGGAAUUUAUCUUACUUCGUUAGGAAUGUAAAACCAUGGAACUAUGUAUUUAAAUUACCUAGAUUAUGGAACGUUCUACCAAAAAGUUUGACAAGCAAUAACAUUAGUUUAGGACAAUUCAAAAGCGGACUUUCUAAAUAUUACAAGUUAGCGCUGAUGAUCCUUGGACAUGGAAAUCUAUAUGUUUGUCUUGUAACAAGUCUCGUAAUCUGUCCUGUCAAAUAUCGUGUUGUUAUUAGAUUUGUGUUCGUUGUAUAGUAUUAGUAUAGUUAAUGGGGCCGCUGUAAUUGGUGAAAACUGUUGCUUGCACCCUGCCAAUGGAACACAUAUUAUAUGUUGUUGUAAAUCAGUACUGUUAAAUGUUGCAUGUUACUUGGCAAAGUUAAAUAAAUUAAAAUUAAAUCUGCUCAUUUCGCACCUUUAAAGGUGCGAAACUGGUACUGCCUACACUCCUAACUUACCUAGCUCACUAAUAAUAAUAAUGAUUUACUAGCGAUUCCAAAUUGAAUUGGCUAUUCUAUGAGUUAAAUGCAGCUGCAGCGUUGUCCUGAAAUGUUCCGCUUUCGGUUGGCACCGUCAAGUUGGAUCUGUGAUGAUGAUCGUAGAGUUCGUCCUGGUACAUACUGAUCUACCUUAAUGUAUUCAGGCCAAUUAUUAAAGUACAAACUCAUUGACCACGCUAAUAUCUUCCAGGUCAUUCAUUCUACCACUUCUCUCUUCUGUGCUUCUAGUUUUCCAUUCACCUUCCAUUUUUCUAUUCUAUAUUUUUCUUGCUCUACUUCUAUACUAUUUCAUCUAGUGGUGAGCACCAUGCAUGGGACCUAGUCUCGUUUGUGUUUCGCCACGUUUGGCACCUUCUAUAGUUACUAUUCUCCAUAUUCUUGUUCAAUGUAAUUAUCUAUUUUAGUUAUGUACAAUAUUGUCAAGUUAUCUAUACGCUGUUAAAUUAGUAUAGGUAAUCAUGCGAUGGCGAGUACAAUUAGGGAUUAAUAGUACGAGUGAUGUUUGGAAAUUUUGCCAAAAUUGGACGAGCCGCCGAGGCGAGUCCAAUUUGACAAAUUUCCAAUCAUCACGAGUACUAUUAAUCCCUAAUUGUUCGAGCAACAUCGCAUGAUUACUUGUUUAUUAUUAGCUUGACAAAAUUGGAUACUUCUGAAUGUCAACAUCAUAUUCUUUCGCCAAAGCCCAGUCCUGCCAGACUAUCAACAAAAAUUUGGGGCUUUUGUUCGUAUUUUCAUUUAGUUCUUUUGUUAAAGCAAUAUUAAUUUGGUGCUUUUGUUCGUAUUUUCAUCUAGUUUCUCGAGGGCAAUUUCAUUUCACAUUUGUAUUUUGUUAAAAUACCUUUCCGCCAUUUUGUUUGGUUUGGGAAAAUCAUUGUACUGCAGUACAAUCCUAUAUGAGUACAAUUAAUGAAAUAAUUGUACUCCUCUCAACCAAUCAGCAUCCAGUAAUUUUGUCAUGUUAAUAAUAAAAGCUGUUAAAACAAAAAUGCCAUCAAUCUUUGCAAUGCAAUCAAGAAAAGAUUGGGUGACAUUUCGUGUCAUAAACAUUUUAAUUGUUACAUCUAAGAUUUAGUCAGUGGGGCGGAUUGUGCAUUUUGUGAAGAAAGCACAAUAUUGACAGGAUGUGUAGAAUUUGACACAAGUAUGAAUAUCAGAUAUGGAGGUAUAUGUGAAAUUAACGCUAAUAGCACAAAAUUUGCAAAAAAUCUAUUACUGAUAGAAAUUUUAGAAUUCCAAGGAAGCUCACAGAAAAAAUAAGGUGUAUGGUUGAAACGUACACAAAAAAACUGUCAAUAGAACAUUAAAGCAAUUUUUGAUUUUCCAAAUAUUUUCUGAGCUGCAACCUGUUAAAAAGGCGAUUUGAAGCUAGUGCCAGUCUUUGCACUUAUUUUUAUCUUUUGUGCGAUUUCGAAACUGCAUGAUUUGGCAAAUCAAAAAAACUGCUUUUUAAUGUUCUAUAGACAGUUUUUUGUGUACUUUUCAACCAUACAACUUAUUUUUUGUGUGAGCUACCUUGGAAUUUUAAAAUUUCUAUCAGUAAUCGAAAUUUAUAUUCAAAUAUCAGAAAUUCAACAUUUUUAGCUAUCAGCGUUAAUUUCACAGAUGCUUCCAUAUCUGAUAUUCAUACUUGUGUCAAAGUCUACACAUACUGUCAAUAUGGCGCUUUCUUCACUAACUGCACAAUUAUUGCAAAAUUGUGCGCUUAUCCGCCCCACUAGAUUCUUGUCAACAAUUUUUCAAGUGCAUACUUAUUGUAAUACAUCGGGAGUAUUUCACUAGGCAAGGCGUUUCUUUUCACAUUUACUUACAUAUAUGUUCAUUCUCUUCUAGGAAACGAAUUUAAGCAACAUCCAAAACCUCUAAGGGGAAACAAUGACCUACUUUCUAUCACACAGCCAGACAUUAUUUUUCAAAUUCAUAAGGUAGGUUAACCGUGCCUAGUAUAUUAGGGAGCUUUAGAUUUGACUACGAGUACGAGAUUUGAUCGCGUGCGAGGAAAUUACCGUAGUCGUUUUUGUUUCCAUUCAAAUGUUGCUUUUAUAGCAGUAAACCAACAACAAGAGAAAAAGUUUCAUAAACUAAAUCUCCUGCAGACUAAAAUCCCCUACAAAACGUGUAAAUAAGUCAUAACAUUAAAAACAGGCCAGAUAUUUAGUACUAAUAUUUUAUUUGCGCCAGAUAAAUGCUAUAUGAAUGCUACAAAUCAUUUUUGGAAAACAAAAAAAACUUUCUUCGUUUUUUUGAAAAGUCGUCGUGAGGACUACGAGAUUUCUUCACAAUUUCGUACUCAGAUGGGCGAUGGCUACGACUUUUUCGCGUCAGUACGGGAUGGCGUAAGCAUACAGCAUGCGUUUCGCUUGACGAAUCUCGUAGUCGUACUCGUAGUCAAAUCUAAAGCUCCCUAUUAUUGUAACAAGGAUGCGGAUUGACAAUCUCGUUCCCCGAGCCUGCGAUCCUCGGGAAGGAACGCGAGGCUCUGGGAUAAUCCGUUUCAGGGAGGAAUCUGAUUGGCCGUUGAAAUGGUAUGCGUAGUUCAAUCUUAGCCAGGAUUCCUGGCUUCCGGCAACGGAUUAUCCCAGAGCCUCGCGUUCCUUCCCGAGGAUCGCAGGCUCGGGGAACGAGAUUGGCGGAUUGAGAGAAACACAACUACCUGCGGAAUACAAGCAGAAAGUCGAUGUUUCGAGCGAAGGCCCUUCGUCGAGAAGUUAGGUUCUGCUUGUAUUCCUCAGGUAGUUGCAGAUUACAGAUAUUUCACAGCACACUCCCUAUCAGGGCUUUUCAGUGACUGGUUACAUUUUGAAUAGGUAGAUAGAACCGGACUGACGUGAAGCAGACCGAGGUAGACUUUGAGCUUACAAAUGGCGCUUGGGCAGCCGCUAUUAGUCUAUACCUCAUUAAUGAUCUGCCUCAGACCUAUGUGCCUAACCCACCCUGUCAACUUUCCCAACUUUCCCUGUGGGAGGAAACACGGAGUACCCGGAGAAAACCCACGACUUUCGGCAGAGCGUUGACUUUUUACUCUUUUCACAUGAGGACUGGGUUCGAGUCACAUUGAGAAGUUCUCACUGAGAUUUGAACCUGCGGCCUUAGAGGUGAAAGGCAAGUGCGCUAACCACUUCGCCACCGAAUCCACAGUAGUUGUAUCUCUCUUGGGGCGUGUUUACAUGGAGAUAAGGUAACUCUACCACUAGGAUUACCCUACCAAGAGUGUCAAAAAAUAGCGAAUGUUUACAUGAGAUAGGUUACCCUACCACUAGGGCUAUGUUGCCUAGACAGGGUAACCCUACCUAUGCGUGGUCGCCAAGCUUGCUCUAUUUGAAAAUGGCGCCUAAACGCGACGUUUUAGCGGCAAGUUAUAUAAUUUUAUGUCUUGGACUUUGCUUGCUGCAUUUCAAUGUUGUGGUCUUUUACUUUGUGUGUUAUUGUAUCAAAAGGGCGGAAUAAAACAUGACCCGCUUGGUAGGAUAACCCUAUACCUGACACGUUUACAUGCUUUGUGUAAAAAAACACAUGGCCCUUCUCCCCUACCCUAUCUGCUUCAUAUAUAGUAUAUUGAAAACUGUUUACGGGUGGGCCAUUUGAUAUCCUGGGUUGUGGUGGUGGUGGGGGGGGGGGGGCAUCAUACAAGCAUUUGGGGAAAUGGCUGGAUGAAGUUAUCUCGGAGAUGCAUGUGCAGCUUCAAAUCUAACGUGGUCUGUUAGUAUUUAGAAUAUUUUCCGUGUAAUUGUAGGAAUAUCUAGAAGCUGGGGCAGACUUCGCCGAAACAAACACAUUCAGUGGAACGUCGGUCGCUCAGGCAGAUUAUGGACUUGAACAUAUUGUAAGUGUAAAGUUUGUAAUCUUCUUUUCUGUCGUUGACUGUUAUUGUCUCACGUGAUUUAUGACAAGAACAUAGUAUUUUUGGCCGAGGGUUCAGUACACAGAAUAAAGAUCAGUAACAGAAGGGCCACUCAGCGUUGCAACGUGUCCUCGUUUUUUUUAUGCAAAAUAUGCAGUUUACUGGCCAGAAGGCGGAGCAGCCAGCCAGUACAGCGUGUUUAUUGGCCAGAAAAUGUCAUUGACUGGCUAGGAAGAUGGCGGCCAACAUGCGUAAUGCGACAUGCGCGAGGACAGAAACUUCAAAGCUUCCGACGUAAGUGGCCCUUCUAUAUGGAUCUUUAUUCUAUGACUGUGCUGACGAGCCCCAAAAGGGCGAAACAGCUGUCCACAGUUGCUAAUGUGAGCAGGACACACUGUCAUAGUCCGUUCACGGCUCUUUACGCUGCUUUCAAACUACGACAUGUAGUACGCAUGCGUAUUCGAGAUAUGACUUACUUUGUCACUUUUAUAUAUUUAUAUAUAUAUAUUUAUAUAUUUAUAUAUAUAUAUAUAUAUAUAUAUAUAUAUAUAUAUAUAUAUAUAUAUAUAUAUAUAUAUAUAUAUAUAUAUAUAUAUAUAUAUAUAUAUAUAUAUAUAUGGCUCUAUAUAUAUAUGGCUCCUGUUGUACCACAUGCGCUUGGGAGAGCAAGUGUCAUGUAUAUCAAUACGAAGGUCAUUGCGUGUCUAGAUGUGUACCAAGCUCCACUGAUGAGACGUACGACGCCGAAACAUGCAUGUCUGCAGAUUGUACUAUAUGUAUAUAUAUAUAUAUAUAUAUAUAUAUAUAUAUAUAUAUAUAUAUAUAUAUAUAUAUAUAUAUAUAUAUAUAUAUAUAUAUAUAUAUAUAUAUAUAUAUAUAUAUGAAUGGGUGUGAGGUACCAUGUCUGGAUAGUGUAUGAACUUGGCUUUAAGAUUUCUUCAGACAUAAAAAUACACAAAGUAUAUUUUCCAAACGUUUCUCCUUUUACGGCUUCGUCAGUGGAAUGCUUUUUACAAAAAUAUUUCCUCCUAUUUGCAUAAAACUAAUUAAAAUACUAAAUGUACAAUGAGUAUGCUCAUGUAUAUAAAAAUAUGCAAAACAUGCAAUUGAUUUAUUGUAUUUUAAACUACAGGACAAUAAAUCAAUUGCAUGUUUUGCAUAUUUUUAUGUACAUGAGCAUACUCAUUGUACAUUUAGUAUUUUAAUUAGUUUUAUAUAAAUAGGAGGAAAUAUUAUUGUAAAAAACAUUCCACUGAAGAAGCCGUAAAAGGCGAAACGUUUGGAAGAUAUACUUUGUGUAUUUUUAUGUCUGAAGAAAUCUUAAAAGCCAAGUUCAUAUAUAUAUAUAUAUAUAUAUAUAUAUAUAUAUAUAUAUAUAUAUAUAUAUAUAUAUAUAUAUAUAUAUAUAUAUAUAUAUAUAUAUAUAUAUAUAUGUGUGUGUGUGUGUGAAUGGGUGUGAGGUACCAUGUCUGGAUAGUGUAUGAACUUGGCUAUAAGAUUUCUUCAGACAUAAAAAUACACAAAGUAUAUUUUCCAAACGUUUCGCCUUUUACGGCUUCUUCAGUGGAAUGUUUUUUACAAUAAUAUUUCCUUCUAUUUAUAUGAAACUAAUUAAAAUACUAAACUUACAAUGCGCAUGCUAAUGUAUGUAAAAAUAUGCAAAACAUGCAAUUGAUUUAUUGUCCUGUAGUUUAAAAUACUAUAUAAUGUUAAUAGAUUAAAAUAAUUCAAACAUGCAACUGAUUUACUGUCCCGUAGUUUAAAGUACUAUACAAUGUUAAUAGAUUAAAAUAGUUCAAACACUAAUUGUUCUACCAGUACAACCGUCCAUCAAGUCUCCAGAAUGUUUUUGUAUUUCAAAUGCUUCGACGUAUUUCCUCUCCCCGUCGUUUACGAUAUUAACAUGUAAAAUCUUCCACUUUAUUGUAGGUAACUUUGAUUUUAUUGUGGGAUUCCAAAUGUUUAUAAACCGUCUGCUUUUCCAUUGUCAAGUGUUCCUUGAUCCGUGAUCCAAUUGUUCGCCCGGUCUCCCCAAUGUAAACAAUUUCACAUAUUGAACAUUCGAUCACCUCAGCUGAUAGCUCUCUUGUGCGCCAGGUUUUAAACACCGCCAUGCGUAUUGUACGUAAAUCGCAUGUUACGCACUCAUGGGCUUAGCAAAGUGCUCCAGGAUUCAAAUUAUAACGAUGGUUGAUUUUUAAAGGUCUCUUUUUCCAAUAAAUGCACUCCAUCAAUAUUUCACGCACUACGGUUCAGCAUAUGUUCAAUUAAAAAAGCAUUCAAAUUUUUUUAUACAGCCUGUAGAGUUGAGGACAUUGUCUUUGAUGCAUUCGCGACACAUGCCUAACAUAACAAAAGCAUGACCAAUGGUAAUGAUAAAACAUUUUCCAUGCACAUGCUUCAAUCCCACUGACUUGCCCCUGGUUACGCUGCAUGCUUUAUCAAUGCAACAUACAUAACAUUGUAUUGUGUGCCAAGCUUUUUGGCAGGCAACAGUACAUUUAAUUAACCCAUGACCAUGAAAUAGCAUGCAAAGCAUAGCCAUAUUUGGUAGUUGCCGACCUUUUGACGCCAUGUGUCCAUGCCAAUUACCUUACGGCCAAACCAUAUUCGGACAAAAAAUCAACACUGGAAACCCUGUUUAAAUUAUACCAAACUGAUGGACAACAACAGUGAUGAAAUUUAUUCGCUCUAACGCAUGAAAUAAACGUUUUCAGGCGUGGAAUUACAAUGUUCAUUUUAGGGACCGGUCAUUAAUUACAGGGGAUGGGGGGAAAACGAGGGGGGUCAGAUAUUUUUGUGCAUGAAAAAAGGGGGGCCAAACAUUUUUGUGCAAUAUAAUAGGCCUACCUGCCCCGCAUGACCGGAUCCUAGCGUCAUACCAUAAAACCUACAUAUAAAAAAUAGAGAGCAGUAGAACUGUAGUAAACUCCAACACAACACCAUUUAUUAAACUGAUUUCAACAUAAACAUGUAGAUUGGAACAGCCGUUGACUCAAUAAAUGGUAAAGAAUAUAUAAAUUACGAUACAUGUAACCUAGGGCAUAGUUGCCAACUCUCACGGAUCCACCGUGAACAUCACAGAUUUAACUAAAACCUCACGGUGAGCUCACAGCUUGUUAAGAGCGACUGUCCGUAAAAAUCGAGCAAACAGUGGCAAUAGAUGAAAAAUAGAUUUCUUUCAUAUUUUGCUUAAAUUUAGGUAAUACCUAGUUAUAAAUGGUGUUUGGGUUAGAUAUUCAAUAUUUGGUCGAUAAACGUACAAAUAUCAGAAAUCAAGAAUUUGUCUCCGGAAGGCUAUAAUUAGCUGCAGACAAAGCUGUUGCCAUGGUCAAUUUCAUCACUUCGCGACGGAUUCAAAACUGCCCGUAGAUAGUUCUGAUAGUUUAAUGACUAUAAUUCAAGUAUUAAAGAACACUGUUAUCAAUAUAGAAUGGUCCAGGAGGCUUUAACUGGCCUGACAGACGUCGUUGAAAUUGGCUAUAUUUAGUCAAAUUUGAGAAUUGCAUUUUGUCACUGGAUUUGAAGGGGAAAUUUACUAUGUGCGAUAAUCGUAAAUUUGUUUACAUUUCAACCACGGAAUGGUAUAGCAUGAGUACAUGUUAUAUAUAAAAACUAGCUUGGGUUAUUGCCUUGGAGCCUCACACGAGACGUUUAAAAAAGCUCAUUUUGGUGACUUCCAAUGAAAUGUAACACAAUUAAAUCAUUAGGCCUAUACGUCUAUACAAAGUCACGAAGCUCAAAUUGUUCAAAACUUUGAAUUUUGUGUUUCGAUAUCAAUGUAUAUGCUUUGUAUACUUUAUAAAGAAACGUUUAGAAGGAUUUUCAAGAUAUUUUAUGAAGACCUACUUACAACAAAAGCACAACAAAUCAUCAUAUUAUAUUACUAGACUGUAACGUUGCUAUUUAUAGCAAUUUGCGUGUUGUUACUGAAUGUAUAUUUAAUAUGUCUGUCUGUAAGCUUUUGAAGUCUUAUAAUUUCUCACAUUUGUUUAAUGCUUUCUCUGCAUACAGUAUGUAAACUAAUAGAAUUAAAGCUAGGUAAAUACAAUAAAAGUACAUGAGUUGGAACAUGUAUAUGUUUACACUUUACGCUAGACAUUUUGCUGGACUCUCCUGUUACGAAACUAACAAACAGGUGACCCUCUUCUACAUAUGCUACAAAUAAGAAAAAGAUAUAAUAUGUACAUGAGCAAAAUAAAAACUGUCAAAAACUCAAAAUGGAAGCGACAAGGAGCGACUUCGAUGUUUUGCCUUUCCUAUGAAAAUGCAAGCGGAAUAAUGAACGUGACAACCUAAAAACUAGAAAUAAUUAUAUAGUCUACAUAUGCAAGAAGUAGUUUAUGCAAGAAAAUAAACCAAAAGUGACUGUCGAUAAAUUUAUUGUAUAAAACGUUCUUUAACUGAACCAUACAAAGAUAUUUUUCGUAGGUUCAUAAGUUUGGUAUUCGACAAUUCUUUAAGAAAUGUUCACACGCCUUCUGGUCUUAAUUUAAACGGUAAUUUUUAAUUUAAAUUCUGUUUCUUUUUAGAUUUUUAAUGUUAGAAAACUUUUUAUUAAUAUCUAAACUACCCGUCUAAUGUAUUUUUUUGUUUGUAUCAAUUACCUUAAAUAAUUAAAUAGCUGCAAUGUUUUCAGUUAAAAGUUUACAAUUUGGCAUGAGCAGAUGUUUUCCCGCGGUGUUCAUUUCCACCAUUUCCAGCGAAAUAAAAACCAAUUUCUGCAAUUCCCGCUUAUUACGAUGGCCUAGUAUUCAUAGGUGUUGUGAUAAUUGUAAACCAUUGAAACGAGUAAACUAAAGUCUACAGGAGGAAUUUGUAAAAAAGAAGAGAAGCUAAACAAGUAAAGAGUGGGGACUAAUUAUUUGUUAUGACAAAACAUAAAUAAUCCGAACUGUUCACUUGCAGGUGCACCCAUUAAACAUGCCAAUUUUGACUAAAUUCUAUUAAGUUAUCAUCAAAGAUAUCAGACUUUCUUGACAGGAUCUCACGGCCGUGACAUCACAACGUCAAAAUAUUUUUAAAAAUCGAGAUAAAUUGAAUAUGAAUGAACUGUUACAGUCAUUCUUCAUCAUUGAAGCUGUAUUUUUGAGCAAAACAAAAUCUCUACAGAAAAUUAAACUAGAAUCAAUCAAUCAAGAUUACGUUAAUUUCCACGAAGUGUAGCACAUCAUUUACAAAGAAUCUUUUUUAAAAGUCUUGCGUGAGGCCCCACGGCAAUAACCCAAGUCAGUUUUUGUAUACAACAUGUAUCCAUGCUAUAGCAUUCCGUGGAUGAAAUAUAAACGACAGUCACUUUUGGUUUAUUUUCUUGCAUAAACUACUUGUUUACUUCUUGCAUACGUAGACUAUAAUUAUUUCUAGUUUUUGCAUUUUCAUAGGAAAGGCAAAACAUCGAAGUCGCUGCUUGUCGCUUCCAUUUUGAGUUUUUGACAGUUUUUAUUCUGCUCAUGUACAUAUAUCUUUUUCUUAUUUGUAGCAUAUGUAGAAGAGGGUCACCUGUUUGUUAGUUUCGUAACAGGAGAGUCCAGCAAAAUGUCUAGCGUAAAGUGUAAACAUAUACAUGUUCCAACUCAUGUACUUUUAUUGUAUUUAUCUAGCUUUAAUUCUAUUAGUUUACAUACUGUAUGCAAAGAAAUCAUUAAAGGUGGUCUACAGUCCGAUCUGCGUGUAGCAGAGUGCCUCACAAAGUGUUUGGCAACUACAAAAAAUUAAAUGAGUCGUACACAGUUUCGUUUUAUGUAAUUAAUCUGUAAUUUACAAUAGCGAAUUUGCUUCGCUAUAAAGAACCCUCGUUUAAUAAAAAUAUAUAAAAACGCCGUCUCGUCAAAACAAUAAUCAAUCUAGUGUAUCAUAUGUCACUUCCUAAAUAUGUCAAAAUAAACGCCUAUUACUAAUUAACUCGAACUGACUAUCGUAAGCGAAAGCUGCGUGAAAUAAGUCAAACUAUCAAAUAUCUAGUUCGAACGAAACAUCGUGACUACUUACUUAAGAUUAAGGAGUCUUUCCGCAGCAACCCGAAACUGUUCUGGAGCUAUCAUAAAGCUGUUUUUCAUCACCGGUCAACUCAAAACGCUGUCAUUUCGCAUAACGGCAUUGUGGCAAAAACACCUAUUGAGAAAGCCGAACUUUUUAACUCCUACUUCUAGUCAGUUUUCCAACCUUCAACGACUAAUCAAGCUACUAACUCCCGCAAUUCUCGACUACCAACCGAUUCACAACUAAGUGAGAUCACGUUCGAUGUCGAAGAAGUUGUAAACAGUCUAUUGAAUCUGAAUGUCUCAAAAGCUAGUGGCCCUGAUGGAAUUCCUGCCCGCCUUCUGAAAGAAUGUAGUCAUCAAAUCGCUCCAAGCCUUUGCACUCUUUACAACCAUUCACUAAGAUCUGGACAUAUUCCUUCUGAGUGGAAAUCAGCAGAUGUUACUCCAGUGCACAAGAAGAAUUCCAAAGAACCAGCUGUGAACUACAGACCAAUCUCGCUAUUGCCCAUCAUUAGUAAGACCUUAGAACGGUGCAUUUACUGGAGAUUUUAUGACCAUGUUGUGAACCUUAUCAGUCCAUCUCAACACGGUUUUCUGAGUAAUCGCUCGUGUGUCACCCAACUCCUGUCAGCUUUCCACUCUAUCGGGCAAGAUCUAGAUAAGAAUACUCAGACUGAUGUCUUGUACCUGGACUUCGCCAAAGCGUUUGACUCCGUUGACCAUAAUAUCUUGCUGGAUAAGCUGCGUUGGUACGGCGUGACAGGAUCUGUUCUUGAUUGGUUCGCUGACUAUUUAAACGGUAGGACUCAGAGAGUUGUUGUGGAUGGAGUAGCUUCUGCAUGGUCAUCAGUCACUUCAGGUGUGCCUCAGGGAAGCAUUCUUGGACCAGUUUUGUUCAUUAUAUUCAUUAACGAUCUCCCAGACAUCAUACAUAACGGAACUGAAAUUGCCCUGUUCGCGGACGAUACGAAAAUUCACAGACAUAUUAUCUCGACUCGUGACUGUGAAAGCUUACAACAUUUAUUGGUCAAGUUAGAUCUGUGGAGUAUGGAAAACAAUCUCUUCUUCAAUGCCUCUAAGUGUAAAGUCCUCACCGUCACACGAAAGAAAACGCCUUUCAUCUACGAAUACACCCUUGGGACCGAAAAGCUAACUCGGGUUGACCAUGAAAAGGACCUUGGUAUUACGACUACUACAAAACUCUCAUGGAAACUACACAUAAACACCAUUGUUGCGAAGGCCAACAAAAUGUUAGGUAUACUUAAAAGAACCUGUACUAGUAUUACAGACAUGAACACCCGGCGAACUUUGUAUCUGUCACUUGUGAAGUCCCAGUUGUUGUAUGCUUCGGAGGUGUGGUCACCGGUUAACAACGUUCAGCUAUCAAGACAAGUAGAGAAAGUCCAACGGAGGGCAACCAAGUGGAUACUAAUGAACAGAGAGAUGCCUUACAAAGAACGGCUGUCGUCGUUAAACCUGCUACCAUUAAGUUACGAUAGAGAAAUGAAGGACUUAACAUUCUUUUAUAAAGCUUUAUUUGGUUUUAUAAACGUGAACUUGAGUAACUAUGUGUCGUUUGUCAGCCAUGGUCGUACUCGAUUGAGUCUUUCCUCUGAGUAUAUCCUUCAAAACCUACUGUGUAAAACUACCACUUUUCAAUCCUCCUACUACAACCGUAUUGUCAAUAUCUGGAACACUGUAUCUCAAGAAGUAUCUCUUGACAGUUUCUCUAGACCUAGUUCUUUUAAAUGUUAUCUCAAGCAAAAAUAUUCAAACUUAGUUAACUCUAUUUACGACACAGACGUGUCUUGCACGUGGUCUUUGACUCGGGACUGUCUUUGCCACAGGUCCUAA